AUGUGCCGAAAGCGGGUACCGAACCGAGAAUGGGGCUCCGUCUGUUCCCGCCGGAGCAGGCUUGCCGGCUCCAGCUUAGAGGCGGCUGGAACGGCCUGUUCGGCCGAUUCGGCCGAGUUGACCCAUUUCCACUUGACCGAACAGACUGGCCUCUUUGAGGCAGGACAACCUGCAGAAACGACCAGGACGCCGGGGCUGCGUCCUUUUUUGCCACGAGGAGAGAUGGGAAGUCGGGCCGAUGACAGGCCUCGCCGCCUGCCAAUCAUGUGGAAGGAGGCUUUUAACAAUUCCCCCUCGGCAGGGGAGCAUUUCAAGAAUGGGCAAAUCGUCUUCUUUGUCCAAUUGGACGAAAAGUUUUUGCCAUUUGGGCUGUAA